AAAAAAAAAAAAAUCUCCUUCGCUUUUGGUGUGUUUAUUAUUUCUCCAAUCCCCUACUCCUGUUUUUUCAAUAUAUUCAUCACCACUCCAGCUACUAGCCAGAACUCAAUAGCCAGACAAUUUUUUUUUUUUUUUAUUGAAAGUACGUUGUUUCGAAUUGUUCAAAACAGGGGAAAUAUAUAUUUCCAUGUUCAACGUAGACUUGUCCAAUUUUAACAAAAAAUCAAUCUUUAUAUCAUUGACGUAACAUAACCUGGUGCAAUUAUUGAAAAUAUACGUAUAUGCUGAAGUAUAAAAAUCGAUAAAGAAUUACAUCUCAAUCAGCUGAAUAAAAUUUUCUUCAAUUUAAAAAUAAAUAAAAAAAUGACAAAGUAAAUUUAAUGCUCAGUUAACUGUAAAGUAAAGUUUUUGUUUUUUUUUUUUUUUUUUCAAGUUGUUAUCAGUCUUGGCUAUUGAUAAGACAAUUGACGUACGUCUUGAGUCACAAGAGUGACUAGAAAUGAUGUGAAAUUAGCAAUAUUAAAAAUAUUAAACUGUGUGUGAAAGUGUAUAAAUUAAUUGACAUUAAAAAAAAAGAAAAGAAAAAUCAUUAAAGUAAUAAUGCCUGAACAAUCAACGUCAAAUGGUCAACAGGUACCAGAUAGUCAAACAGUGACAAUCGAAAUACCAAGUGAACAAACGCCAAGACCAUCGUCAUCAUCAGGAAUUUUGAUGACACAUACAACCCAUGCAAAUCAACCAAUUCAAUCAACGAUGAGAUCAUCAUCUGAGUUAUCACGAAUAUUUCCAAAUGGUGUACCUACAAAUUUAGAUGACAUCAGGCCAAUUAUUGCCCAAGCAUGCUCUAAUCCAAUGUCUCUGACAUCAUGGUUGAAUGUACGUUUACCAGGUCAACAAGCACAAGCACCAACACCUCCAUCAGAUUCAUUUGUCAUAACAAUUGUUGAUGAUGCAACAACAGCAACAACAUCACCAACAACAACAAACAAUCAAAAUGAUACAUUUGGUAAUAAUCCACCGAAUAAUAAUAAUAAUCAACAAACAACAGCAACAACAGCUGAUAAUUUUUUAAAUAAUAUACGUGAAGCUACACAUUCACCAACAAAUAGUAAUAAUAAUAAUAAUAAUAAUAAUAAUAAUAAUAAUAAUAACAACGAUCAAGAUCAAGAUGAUCAAACACUUGAAUCAUUACCAAUUAGUCCACAAGCACGUGACAUAUUAAAAUCAAUACAAAAUCAUUUACCAUUUGCAGCAAUUGCAAUUGCAAAAGGUUUUUAUGAUCAUAGAUCUGGUGCAUUUACAUUAUUAUUAUUAUUAGCUGUAUUUAUAAAAGCAAAUAAAGAUUUAAAAGGUGAAAUAUUAAAACAACAAAGAAGAAGUAGAAAAAUAUUAUUAAAUAUUAUACUUUAUAUUAUUGGUGCAUUUGCUGUUAUAUCAAUUACAUUGAAUGAUUUACCAUUAUUUAUUUAUGUUAAAUCAGAAUCAUUUUUUGAUUUAUUAUGGUGUAUAACAAUUAGUGAUUUUUUUAUAAAAUUAUGUACAAUUAUUAUAAAAACCUUACUCACAUUAUUACCAGAAAGUUUAUUGGCUUUUCAAAAAAGAGGAAAGUAUUAUCUUCUUAUUGAAGCAAUAUCACAAUUUUAUCGUGCAACAGUACCAAUGUAUUCAUGGAUGUCAUAUUUCCGUGAAGCCUAUCAAGGUGCUGAAGUUAUAUUGGGUAUACUAUUAGCAUCAUUUUAUGGAGCAACUAAAAUACGUGAUAUUUUAUCUCGUGGUAAAUUAUUGAUAAAUUCAUCAAUUAAAUUUUGGCAAAAUGUGAGUCUUGGAUCAUCUCCAACAAAAGAAGAACUUGGUGAAUCAGGACCAAUAUGUGUUAUUUGUCAUGAAGAUUAUACAACUCCAGUACUGUUAACAUGUAAACAUAUUUUUUGUGAAAAUUGUGUAUCAACAUGGCUUGAUAGAGAACGUACAUGUCCACUUUGUCGAGCACCAAUAACUGAUGACCCAGUAUAUCGAGAUGGUCAUACAACACACUUUAUCCAAUUGUACUGAAUAUUAUACAAUGUAUAAAACAGAAAUUAAAAGAAAACAAACCAAAAUGAAUUACUUCCAGAAUAGGACUGUCAUUAUUAUUAUUUUUCUUUUUGUAAUUAUAAUUGUGAUAAGGUAAUUGAAUAAUAUAAUAAUAAUAAUCUAUAUUUAAUUAUAAUGUUUAAAGUAAUUGAGGAAAAAUCAUUACACGAUACUUUUUAUUAAUUUUUCUUUUUUUUUUUUUUAAACUUGAUUUAAACUUAUAAAAUAAUUCGUUACAAAGUGAAUUAAUUAUUUAAGUCAUUUGUUUGCCCGCAUACGGGAUUGGAAGUAAUCACCGUCACCUCGGGUUGCUUGAC